AUGUUCUGCAUAGUGUUCUUCACGGCAGUUCAAGAGAUCGGUUACUUGGUGGCUGUUUACAAGCACGUGUUCAUCAGCACAGGGAACCCUGUUGUUUGCGAUCGCUACCACGUGAUCAGCGGGAAGGCAGGUCGUGCUGAACGGCUGCAGGCGAUGCGGAACAGACUGAGCAGGAGCGUGAGAGCAUGGGUUGGGACAUGCUCCUUUCCCUUGUUGCAUCUCCUGCUGGUGCUACUGCCGACGCCCUCCUCCUGUGCGCCGCGGCCUGACGACAACUCCUCACAGGACAGUAAUUCGGUGGAUAUGCUCGUCAUAUCUCCGCAACCUGUGGCGGUCCCCAGUAUAGGCGGUUCGUCCAGCGGGUCCAGCGGGGAACUGAACUACUAUAUCCCUGUUAUAAUGGCCGAGAUGGCAGCGCCGGUCUCCACGAGAGAACCCUCCAUCAUCCGGGUAUCAUGUCGCCAGGGUUUCGGCCAAGACCCCGCCGGGAACUGUCGCCAGUCUUUCACUCCGAUGCCGUACCUGCCCUCCUCCCGGCCCGACAGAAACGUGAACGUGCAGAGUAUCAUCUCCCGCAUCCGUGCCCCGCCGAGGCCCCGCGUGGUGCCCCAGACCCAGAGGGACCUCGUGCGCCAGUUCAACACCUCCCGACGACGCCCUUCGUGGUUCGGCCGCAGCAUCGACGUUCCCGAGAGAAACAGCAGCGACGGCAUUGUUACUGACGUGGGCCCUGACGUCCCUCCUUCAGAUCCUUUAGCGGGAGGCGGUGGAGGAGGACCCAUGCCUCCGUCAGCGUCCUCCGCCUCCACCACCACCGAGAAACCGAGGACCACUACGCCCGAUCACGAUGACUAAUAAGGAUGAUAAGGAUAGGGGGUAUCUGGGGGGUAUGUUAGGGUAUUGUAGGUGUCGGUUGCCGUAAUGAUACCCGGUUUUAAUACAGAAGGGCAUUGGCGCAUUAGAGGAUACGGAAAGUCCUAAAAAUACCCGAUAGACAAGUUUACUGUUGGUAUCGUAAGCCUACCUGAAAGACAUCAUGAUGGUAUCGGGUUAUUGGGCAUCGAGGCAUUAAGUAUCGGGUAUUACGGGCAUCGAAAGCCAUUAAGUACCCGAUAGACACCAGAAAAAAAGAAAAAAAAGUAAGCCCUUAAGUCGGCCUAAAUUAUUUAUGGUUCUCGUUCUUUAAAAAGUGAAUAAUUCGUUUUCAUUUUUUUUCCUGAAAGUACGUAAAGUGAAGGAGGGAAAAUGUGUAGACAUUUCUUCAAUCUUUAUUGCUCUGUCGGGAAGCGUGUGCGUGUGUGACUGUAUUUGACUGUAAAAAAAUCAGUGCUUAGAGGUCUGUCGCCUCCAGUGCCUAUAUGUUUCCAGAAAUAUCAUUGGCAUAUAUACAAGCAUAUAUAUACUUAAACACACACAUGCACAUAUA